AUCAACGAAGACCGUCAUGAGAGAGUCUUCUCAGCUCUAAAUUUCCCUACGGACAAGAUUUCCGUACGCCGCCCCCGUCGUCGUCGCGCUCUCUAUUAUCCAUUUACUCGAUCUCCCGCCCACCGGCCAUUAAUGAACACUUAACCCUGCACACACCACAAUCCUCUUCCGGCGAUGAGCGCGUGAGAAACAUUAUGGGUGUUUUGUGCGGUGGCGACCUAUGGAAUCGAACCUCUGAUCGCUGCUCCCGUUACUUCCCCUGCCUCUCCGAUCCGGCUCGAAGAUCCGCUUUGUCUCUGAAAGUGACGUUAGUGGUGCUGCAUUUAGUUUUUGCUGGGGUUUUGUUUUUGCUCGACGGUGAUUUGAUUGAGAAGAGCAAACAAGAACCAUGGUAUACGGCUGCCUAUGUAAUACUGUUUGUUGCAACACUGGUUCUAUAUUUUGUUACCUCAGCAACACCUCCUGGCUAUGUGCUUGAUGCGCAAAAGGCUAUUGAUGAAAAUGAUGCUCUAGCUAGGAGGAUAUUCCCAGUCUCAAAACAACCAGCUUCAAGCAAAAAUGGUAGCGUUGUUAUAACUGUGGAUGGAAGGAACUCGCCUAGAGGCAUUGCAUCUGCUUGGACGAAACUAGUAAUGGAUAUGUACCCACAAGGGACAUCUUUUAGAUGUUUAACCUGCUCUUACUGCAAUAUUGUGCAGCCUCCACGAGCAAAACAUUGUCAUGAUUGUGACAAGUGUGUUCUUCAAUUUGAUCACCAUUGCGUUUGGCUUGGAAAUUGCAUAGGCCAGGGAAACCAUUGUUUCUUUUGGUGGUACAUAUUUGUUGAAACAACACUAUGCCUUUGGACGAGCAUAAUGUACAUUGAUUACCUCAAGUAUAAUAUGUCAAAGACAUGGUGGGCUUAUAUAAUAAUUAUCCUGCUCUUGGUGGCUCUCUUAAUAUCGUUGGUCUUUCUGCUGCUGCUGUUCCUUUUUCACAGCUACCUUGUUCUCACCAACCAAACCACUUAUGAACUUGUGAGGCGAAAGAGAAUCGCAUACUUAAGGGCAAUUCCAGAGAGGGUGUAUCCUUUCAACAAAGGAAUCUGCAGAAAUUUGAAACAGUUCUGCUGCACCGGAAGCUGCAGCCCUUACAGAUUGGACCCGAUGCCUACGGCUGAAGAAAUUGAGGCCAAGUCCCAACCUUACACGUGCAUUGAUGUCCUAUCUUGUCGUUGCUGCUGAUCGUCAUGUUUGUAAGACUAACAGUAUAUGUUUUUUUGUUCUUUUUCUACUGUUCAAAGCCAUUUCUAUGGAUGAAGAAGACUGUGUUUUAUGGGCAAUGUUGCUGUAAGUAAGAUCAGGUUUCCAACUGUUGCAGAAAAUUUCCUGAAGUAUAUGCUUCUUUUUCUAGAAUUA